AUGUCUAAAGAUCACAAUGGCUCAGCCGAGCUUGUUGCAACCAGAACGACGACGGCUGGAACAUUGCAAAGCCAUCCAGGCCAGCAUCCGUUUGGGGAAGACAAACCGAUCCAUCUUUCGCCGGGUGUCGGACAUGGCCUCGGCAGUCCAACUGCUUUGGCUAUCGGAGCUUUUGCAACCACUUUGACCACGUUAUCGAUGAGUCUGAUGGAAUGGCGUGGCGUCACUACAACCAAUGUGUACAUCGGGAACUUCUUCUUUGUGGCUGGCAUUGGCAUGCUCAUCAGCGCGCAAUGGGAGCUGGUGAAGGGUAACUCAUUUGCGUACACAGUUCUCAGCGCAUUUGGGCUAUUCUAUGCUGGGUUCGGCGCCAUCAUUACCCCUAGCUUCGGCGUAGCAGAGGCAUAUGGUAGCGAUACGACACAGUACAACAAUGCUCUUGGUCUCUGGGUCCUGCUAUGGACCGUUCUCAACACGUUUUUCUUGAUCGCCAGCGCUCCUAUCAACGUCGUCUACUUUCUCAUCUUUCUGACAGUCGAGUUGGCGUUUGGCCUUGUUGCGGCUUCCUACCUGGCUCUGGCCGAUGGACACGUCCAAGCAGCCACCAACAUAAAGAAGGCUGCAGGGGUGUUUGGCUUCCUCUCGGGCUUGUUGGGGUACGUUCACCCCUGA